CACGUGACCCGAAGUGUGACGUAGGAGGAAGGAGACGCCAUUAGAGGGAGGCGGAGAGGGAGUGCUCUUCGCCUUUCCUCGGUGCCUGACGUGGUGGCUGGGGGGCCCUUCAUUCUCGGACUUCCCUCGGCCCUUCCAGGCUUCGCCCGGAGGCGAGAGUGGAGACAGCGCCCCGGGUUGACGGGUCGGUGCGGAGGGGCCUGCGCCGGCCGCGGCUGUGAAGGCGCUGCGGCGGCUGUGGGGAGCUCGGCGCAGCUCUAGGGCUCGGGCGGCGGGGAAACGGGAUGGCUGCGGCCGGCAGCGGAGGGGCGGCGGCGGGCAGAGCCUACUCAUUCAAGGUGGUGCUGCUGGGGGAAGGCUGCGUGGGGAAGACGUCGCUGGUGCUGCGCUACUGCGAGAACAAGUUCAACGACAAGCACAUCACCACUCUGCAGGCAUCAUUCUUGACAAAGAAGUUAAAUAUUGGUGGGAAAAGAGUAAACCUUGCUAUAUGGGAUACAGCAGGUCAAGAGAGAUUCCAUGCAUUGGGUCCAAUUUACUACAGAGAUUCAAAUGGAGCUAUUUUAGUUUAUGAUAUAACAGAUGAAGAUUCCUUUCAGAAGGUAAAAAACUGGGUCAAAGAAUUACGGAAAAUGUUGGGAAAUGAAAUCUGUUUAUGUAUAGUUGGUAAUAAAAUAGACUUGGAAAAGGAGAGACAUGUUUCCGUUCAAGAAGCAGAAUCGUAUGCAGAAUCUGUUGGAGCAAAACAUUAUCAUACUUCAGCCAAACAGAACAAAGGAAUUGAGGAACUCUUUCUUGAUCUUUGUAAAAGGAUGAUAGAAACAGCACAAGUGGAUGAGAGAGCAAAAGGCAAUGGCUCCAGUCAACCAGGAGCCACAAGGCGGGGUGUACAGAUUAUCGAUGAUGAACCUCAAGCCCAGAGUGGUGGCGGAGGGUGCUGUUCUUCUGGAUAACUGAUCACACUUAAGAGAUUAAACAAACAAACUGUGGAUCAUUGCCCUCAACAUGAAGACUGCCAUAUUCCAAGUCACAUUAUUUUACCAAUGGAAUUAUAGAAUUAACAGUAUUUUAAAUUACGUUUAUAACACUGCAGAGACCUUAAGUCCUAAACUUAGUGGAGUUUGUGACCAGAGAAUUGGCAUUUUUCUACAAAUGUUAACAAAGCAAUUACCAAUGGCCUUUUUACAUAUUUUUUUCUUUAAUAAGGAAUAAUAUGCAUGUAGAAAAGACCUACUUAAAGGCUUCAUUUAUAUUCUUUUAAAUCAAAUCUUUAUUUAAUAACUUAUAUAUGUUGUUGGAAUGGUAUACAUUUUUGCAGCCCUUUGUAUUUUGUGGUAGUUUGAAUUGUAUCACUUCUAAACAGCAAACUGUUUUUGUUUUCUUUUUUUUUUUUUUUUUUUUUUUUAAAUUAGCAGAUACCUGAAGUACUAUUUUUGCAGGGUUUGCACAGGCCCCUUAACUGUCUACUACUUUGAUAUAAUCUAUAUACAACCUGUAUGCUGAGCUGGUAAAAUACAUUGUAAAAUUACAUAUUAAAUAUUUUAUCUGCUUUUACAAGCGCAAGGUGCAAAACUACAUACAGUAGUCUCAUUGAUGACUGUAAAGUGAAUUAACAUUUGGUGAUAAUGCCUAAGCUUUUUGACUCUGACAUAAAGAUCAUAGCUCCCCUUCACUUUUGUCUUAACUUGAAAGUGGCGUGUUUCAAUUUUCACAUAUACUUUACUUGAAUUAUUGCUGUUGUCAUAUUUUUGCCUCUGUAAGUCUUUCUGAUGAUUGAACAACAGCAUUUGCCUUUUGGUUUGUUGGGGUUUGGGGGGGCUUUUUUGUUUGUUUUUAUUUUUGUUUGGGGGGGAUUUUUUUGGAUAAAAGAGAUGAAUUCUGCUGAUUUUGUUUUAGAGUGGUUACCUUAGAAGUAUUUGAGUGGAGCAUGCUGAAUUUCACUUCUGCAAUGGCUUUAGUUUUCUCUUAGGCUUUAUAUGAGAUGGGUUCACUGGUGUCAGAAGAGAGGAAGAGGUACCAGACAGUUGCCACUCACCAAGACUCAUUCAUACAGCAUGUUAAUGGGUAGUUCAUGCUCCUGGGGCAGCACUUUUAAAUCCUUUGUGAGCAAAUUGUAUUUGUUCAUUGCUUGCCAGAGAUGAACACAGAAAAGUUUGUUCCAUUUUAUAAGAGCUGUCCUGAGUUUCUGUGAAGGGAAACAUUUCAUGUAAUGCGGUUAUAGCAAACACUGGAAAGAUUUAUUAUAAAAUUAUAUUCUUGUAUACUUUGUAAAUUAGUCUCAUUAGGUUUUUUUUUUUUUUUCCUAAGCGUAGGACUGAACUUAAAUUUGUUAAUUUUAAUAGAAUCAGACAGUGCUCACAGAAGGAUCACAAAUUGUGGAAAUUAACAUACAUUGUUCUUGUUCUAAUAUAUAUAUUUUUCCAUUUCUGUCAUGCUUGGAAAACUAGUAAAUGUUAUGUCUAAGAUAAAAUGGAAUGGUUCCUGGAUUUACUUCUUACAAGAAGCAGUAGUAUGCAAUAAAGUCGUUGGCAUGAGCAAUUAAGAGGAUGUAAAGAGGUUAUAGUUACUAAAGAAGUACUACCAUAUUUUUAAGUUAAGAGCUUAAGGUUUCCCAAAUGGGUUUAAAGUUGAAUGGAUUGACACCUUUAUGCUAUGCUGUUAAAAUUUUAACUUAGUAUUAAGGGUUCUGUGAGCCCUCACUUUACCUUCUUUAGUUCCUCUCCUUCCCAAACUCAACACACUGUUCUCUCUGUUGUGUGUGUUUGGGGAGGUUGGUAUGGGAAGAGUCAGAGAGAUAAGCUAACAUUUGUUUUAUUUUGUUUUGUUUUGUUGAUUGUAUAGUCUCUCAGUUUCCUAUGAAGUUUGUGUUUAUGCAGGGCAUCAUGGGAGACCAGAGGAAUCAUGAGUAUAAAUACAGGAAAAAUUGUUUUUGCUCUUCUGGUUCUUCACAGGUAGUAAAGAAAGCCUUGCCAUUUCUACUAUCAUACGUGCAGAUGGGAAAGAAGCUCUUGUUCAGAGUGAACUGUUUUUUAAACUAAUAAGAGAUGAAAUUGAGCUUGAUUUCAAAAAGUAAAAUCAUAAAGCCUGAUAAUUGAAGAGUUGUACUCUCAAUUUUUGACCCUAUGUUAAUGAUAUUAAGUCCAGAUAAGAACCUCUGCUCCAAAGUUGCCAGAUAAUUAUUGAUGGGGUACAACCACUCUCCAUAUAUUUUUUUCUUUACUCUCCCUUAGUUUCUGUCUAUCAUUCUUAACCUCAAGCAUUUCAUUCUGCUUUUCACCUUGUAAUUUAAGCUAAUUCAAUAGCAACAAUAAAUAAUAGGGAAUACCUGUCCUUGCUCUAAAGUCUGAGGGUUCUCUAGGUAGGAUGAAGGAGGAAUGAAAGAGGACCAGCCAAUUGCAGUAUGUGCAUAAAGGAGAGACAAAGAGAUGAGAAACUAAGGCUGAGGAAAUUUCUCUGAUACUUUCUUCACUUCUUUAACAUAUCUUUUGUGUUCCUGUCCUUAUGAAUUGUACUAUUAGGAAGAAGACAUGAGUUGUUGUAUUGUAUAUUAAAAGUAGUAGGUAGGUAAAACCAAUAUAUUUUUCAGCUAGUAAGUGUAUACAUUUAGUAUAUAUAAUUAAAAAUUGGUAUAAGAUAGUCAUUAAAAAUACCUGAAUAUUAUGUUAAAAGUAUACAAUCGUUUCUGUCAUGAUGAUGAGUAUUCUGCAUCUCGUUUUGCUUUGUGAUUAUAGAGGAAGAUCAUUGUUUUUAAAAAUGUAUAUUGCAACAAUUUGGGGGUAAACAGCAAUCUCAAAAAAAAAGCAUCAUGUGAUUGUAUGAAAUAUGAGUGUUUGAAUUUGUUUUGUUCUGGGGAAAUCACCUGAAAACACCCUAAAGCUAUGGCUGUUAUAGCUAAAUUGAAGUCCUUUUUUUUUUGUUUGUUUUUAAUAUUAGCUAUAUGUUAUUAAUGAUUACAUUUUAUUUGGCAUUAGAGUAAGAAAGAAGAAUGAUAUAGGUUUUCAGCAAGAAAAGAUAAAAUUUGGGAUAUAUGACAGGAGGUUAGUGAGGAGUAGACUAGAAGUCAGGUAGAUAUGAAACUCUACAACCUGACAUUUUUAUAAUUGUUUUGAAAUACAUUAUCAUUUCUAAAUAAGGCAAGUUAUGCAUUGUACCAAAUAUUUAGAACAUACACAAAAUGAAUUGGCAUACUAUGUAAUAGGAUUUGCAAUUUUCUGUAUUGUAAAUGCUACCAGGAAUCUAGAUCAUUGAUGUUAUCUCCAAAUAAUAGAAUUUACCCUUAUAAUUACCACUUAUAUUCUCUCCAGAAGUGAGAUGUUGAUCUGUACCUUUAACUUUUGAAAUUCAUCUUUUGACCUCCGUUUGCCAUAUAAUUUUCUUUAUAGAUGCAGUCUGGCAAAGAGGGAAUACAUAUUUUGUGGCUAGUAAAGCUGUUGAGAUCUUCUAGAAAAGGGUGUAGAUCGUUGCAACCAGCAGGAGCCUUACAAUAAUGUCUAAAGUACAGGGACUAAGUAGAUCUUUAUUCUUUUCUAAAUUUCAAAAUGUAUUACCUAGGUUUUAAUAACUAAAAGCUGGGAUUCAUUGAAUAUAUACAUUCACUUGAUUUUGUAAUAGGCGUUGAUUCUAGUAUUUUGCUGUUCUAUAAUUUUCAGUCAACAAAAACAAUAAUGUAUUUGGACCAAAAUUCAUCUUACAUAUAUGUCUGGCUUCGAUGUCUUUUCCCUUUUCAAAGAAAACAAAACAAUCAGAAUUCUGAGCAAAUUUUCCUAAAUGCAAGUACUAUAAUAUUAAUCAUAUGUAAUGAAAAAAUGUAAAAAUAUUGUUUUAAGAGUUUCCACUUUCAAGCAACAAUGCUUCUCUUCUAAACAAAUACCACUUUAAUUUGAUAGACUUUUAGCACUGCGUAUGCUCUCUGAGAAGCUGCGUAUCUCUUCUGAGAAGCUGAGCGUGCUUUUAAAUAUUAGCCUUUCUACCACAAAUUUUCAGUAGAUACAUUAACAUGGCAAGUUGAUGUUACAUGGCACACCCAGUAAGAAUCUUAUUCUUUAAGCAUCUUGUCCUCUUCAGAGGCCUGCACGUAUUUCUAAGUGCUUUACAUUAAAGCCAAAAGAUGAACCUGUCUAUCUUUAUUCCCAGUGUAUCAGUUCUCACCUUGAUUUUGAUACUUCCAGACAACUGUAUCAUCUCUUCAUUAUCAAAUACUCAAGAAAAAGCUAAUAUGACUUCCUUAAGUUCGAGCUUGUGUAGAGCAAUGAGAGAAAGGUGAGGGACAGCAGAGAUAAAGUACAGUAAUGUUGAAAUACAGACAACAGUGGUAUUUGCUAAACUGUAUCGGUGGUAGCAAGCUCUUUUAAGGAAACCAUCACAUGUAGUACUUCCUAGAAAUGUAAAAGCUCAUUUUUUUUUUAAUUAUCUGAGAAUAUAUUCUAGGAAAAAAAGAAUAAAUAUUGUGAAAGUACCCCUCAGGCACCCUCUCCCAAAUGGAAAACAUUGCUUUGUAGUAUAUACUCUCUUCAAUUACCUUUUUGCUGUGCAUUUAUAUACAUAUAUAUUUACCUAUAGAAAUACAUAGUUUUGUGGGUUCUAAAUUUUUAUAUAAAUUCUGUCUUACUACGCAUAUGUUUUGCAACUUGCUUUUUUCUCUCACCAACAUGUUUAGAAACUGUUAUGUCAGUAUAUGCAUACUUUCAUUUUAUUUUCUGUCACAUCUCUUUGGGAUGUUUGCCUUUCAGGAUAACUUCUGACUUUCCAUGAAACCUUCCCAAAAGGAAUCUUGUCACUUAGGUAGAUUUCACUAGACUCCUAGAAUGUAGAUGCAAGCCAGCGCUUAGACAGAAUCAGGGUCUUCCUUAAGCAUGUGAAUUUGGGAUAUUAGAAAGGCAUUUGCUGGGGCACGUGGAUGGCUCCGUCGAUUAAGUGUCUGACUUUGGCGCAGGUCAUGAUCUUCACAGUUUGUGGAUUUGAGCCCCGUGUCGAACUCUGUGCUGACAGCUCAGAGUCUGGAGCCUGCUUCGGAUUCUGUCUCUCUCUCUCUGCCCCUCCCCAACUCAUGCUCUGUCUCUGUGUCUCUUAAAAAUAAAUGAACAGUCGGGGGGAAAAAAGGCAUCUACUUAUAAUUCAUUUGAAGUACAUUACUUUUGGCCUACUGUUGACAAUAUAUACAAUUCAAAAAUUUAGCAGUCUUUAUUCAGAAUAGGUUUUUAUUUGAGGGAGGGAACGAAAAAGAGGGAAGGUAUAGCCGACAGGGAAAGAGUACAGAGCAAGAUAAAACAAGUCUCUACACAACUUGGAAUAGUUACAUAACAAGACUUCAUGGCACCAAAAAUUAAAACUUAUGUUUGGUCUGUCUUUAAUGAAAACAAGAACAGUGCAUUUUCAGAUUUCCCUUCCCCCAACAUUCCCCCAUUCCCCAUCCCCAUUCCUUUUUUUUUUUUUUUUUUAGAGUUUAUUUAUUUAUUUUGUGAGAGAGACUGCGCUGUUAGAGCAGAGCCCAAAGCGGGGCUCCGUCUCACGAAUCUUGAGAUCAUGACCUGAACCAAAAUCAAGAGUCAAGAGCUUAACCUACUGAGUCACCGAGGCGCCCCUCCCCAUUCCUCUCAAAAGGUAACAAUUGUUAACAGUUGGUGUGUGUCUGUAUCUCUCAUAUAUGUUUUUAUUUAUAUUUGGCCUUUAUGAAUUGUCCGUUUUCUGAAAUCAACCUCUAUAUCAAAUUCCAACCUCAAUCCAACUGACCUAUUUACCGAGAACAAACCAGAAUCAUAUUUCUUUAAAGGACGUUAAAUCAGUGGCGACAGUUCUUGAACUAGAAGUUAACUAGAUUCUUAAUAUGUUUUAUGUUUAUCAUAAAUUAAGCUUGAAGAAUAACUAGCAUUCUGGGAAAGUCGAGUCACUGGUUUCUAUAUCUUGUGGAAAUAGGGUUGGGAAAGAGGAGUGUGGUAAUACCUGUGUAAGUCUGAGCUGGCCUUGUUCUCUUAGCAUAUUAUCUUACUUGAGCAUUACAGUUAUCCCCCACAAUUACUUUCCAGGUAUUUCUGUCACUGUUAAGCUCUAGCUUAGCAUGUGAGUGCCUUGACACAAAGUUAAGUGUAUCGCCCCAGAACAACAAAUUUAUUCAUAUUUGACUUAUAAUGAAAAUAAUUCAAGGGGGAAAUUAAGCAGCAGUUUAAAUGAUUUUGUUAAUUGUUUCUGGAUGGUCUUAUAAAAAAGAAUUAAAACACAUUCUGCUCAUCAUGA